AUGUUCAGGCACUCUUCAACAAUAAGGUCAGGUCUUAAUGGCCAUAUAAAAGAAACUCAUGAGGAGCACACACUCCAUCAUCAUAACGCGCACUUCAUCUUGGCAGCGGAGUUUGACAAUAAGCAAGGCCCAAUUAUCAAGCACCAAUACCCCAAAUCAAUUCCAGGUUUCAAGAUUUCAUCGAAUCAAAGUAGCACAAUGAAUUUGGCAAGCCUAAUGAUCCCUAAUAGCAUAGAAUCGACGCCGGGUCGCGCAGAUUUUACAGUGUUCAUUCUAUACAAGCACAAGUUCAAACAAACAUAUCAAAUUUUUCCUAUUACAAAUUCCGAAGAACAAGAGAAUGGAUCUGGUACUAUGACCAUUCUCGAAGAGGAUGAAGGUCAUAGCUCACCCUGGAAAAUUCCGAGAGAUAACCAUACCAAGAACCCGAAGGAACAACCUUUAUUCUUCGUGAAUGUCGUGUCUGCCCGGAGAGACACGACAAACAAACGUGGUGCGAUUAUAAAAUCUAUCGCUCUCGGAACAACUAUGAAGAAGUUUCGAAUUUUCAAGCCAUUAUUAGCGAUGGCAUUGGAUGAAUACAUGCAUUCAAAUAACGACGUUCGCAUCCUCAUAGAAUGUUUUAACAUGGUCAAUAGUCUGGAUUUAUCACUUAUAAACAGGGUUCAUUCCAACAUAAGUCUUCAGAAUGUUUUAAACUCAAUAAAUGACGAAGAUAUUACAUUGGAGAUAUUUGACGUAAAGGGAAGAUGUUUGAGGAGCAUUUUAAAUGUCAAUGAACUGCCGAAAACCGACUGCUUUGGAAACAAAAUUACUUUUAAGCAGCACCAUAUCGAAUACCAAUUUUCUUCGUUCACCCCAACAGUACUGCCUUCAACCUUUGUCAAAAUACCGUUGCAGAUAGACAUGGUCGAUUAUGAUUCGAUAAAGGUCGACAUAAAUUAUAACGACCAUGUAUUAAAGUUUUUAAGAAAUUUCAUUCCUGAACUGUGCAAACGCGGACUUUCUGCAUCAUCAUGGCGACUUUUCGUAAAUUCAACAAAGGAAACAAAGGAUACUUUGUGUCAAUUUGUGAUAUCACUUUCGAUGUUUUUAAAAUGCUUUGAUUUCCAGUAUUUCGACAAUGCUCAUCUAAUAAUAUUCCCAUACAUGGACAUAUCUUUCAUUGAUGAAUUUAGAAUUGAAUUUCCAAAUAAUAGGAGUGGCUUGUACUUUUCCGUCGUUGGUGUUUCAAACCCUAUUUUUGAAUACCAGCAUGAUGUUUGGGACUUUUAUUACGAUAUGGACCAUGAUUCCCUUCUCACACAAUCGGAUGUUGCACCAAAUAGUCAUAGCAGUGCACGGAGUAUAGAUGAUUUGACAAAGAACAAAACCUUUAAGAAGAUGUUCCAAAAAAAUAAUUCCUCUGGGUCACUUAUAACCUCUAAACCUUCACGGACCAGUUUAAUGUCAAAAUUAAUAAACUACCUUGUGGACGAACAGCACGACAAUGAAACAAUCCUGAACGUUUUAAAGAGAAUUAAUACAUUACAGUUGUUGCACUUACUGCAGAUAAUUAGUCAGAGGAAAUCAAAUGAUUCUGAAUUGAUACUCAAGGAUGAGUAUAUUAUUACCUACAAGGAUUUUAUAAUAUUCCCAGAGUUUUUCGAAUACAGCUCCCUGAAUGUCCUACGCUCUCUUCACGAACUUGAAUUAUCUCUGAAUGCCAUAAUAUUCAGCAGAAGAGAAAAGUAUUCACCUUCCGAAAAGGGAAUAUUUUUGAAACGAGCAUUGUCGAGUCUGAAAUCGCUUUACAAAUACGUGUCCAUUAAUAAAACAAAUAUGGCCAACUUUUUGAACAUAUGUUUGAACUACCCUGUAACUCAGCUCUUAUAUUCAUUUGAUCCAAUACGUUCUGACUUCGGCCCACUUGAUUUGAAAAGAGAAUUCAAAAAAUUGAAAGAAUCUGAUUCAGUCGAAGGGUUGAGUGUCGGAUCUGCUAAGGUAAUAGAUUAUUUCAUGUCAGAGAGAAGUCUUAGACUUUUGUGUUUACCAUUACUUCUGAACGUCGAAUUGGACUAUGAAGCCUCAAAUUUCAGCGAUUCCACGAUCUUACACUCUCAAUUUUCACAUACAAGGAACGAAAAUAAAAUGGCCGCUGGCUUCUGGCAAUCUGAUGGAAGUAUGUCUAAUUUUUCCAGUUUAUACGAAGAAAGUACUGAUCAAGCUGUAAGCUACGAUGCAAUGAGCACUACAUUCUCAUUUCGAGAUGAUACAACAACAUCCAGUUCCAGAAAAGAAGGUGACGGUCAAGUUAAUAAAAUAAAGAAGAUAGCUGUAAAGCUUCUUUACAGAAUUGAAAAGCAUGAUGUGGGGAGUUUACUAUUGAAAGAUAGACUUAAUCCAAUGUUUCGGGCAGCAUAUAAUACCCUGAAGGAGGAUCUUUUCGAUCAUGAGUCUGUCAGAACAUCAUUGGCAGAUAAUUUUGCACAAGUCAGGCUCAAACAAGAUUCUCCUCAAACCGUUUCGCCGAAAAGGCAGGAACUAUUAGAGGAUUUAGAUUCGAUAUUGGAGAAACAAGAGACAAUAAGGAAUCAACAACCAAAAAUUCAAAAAGCAGUGAGACCGAGCAUUUUAGAUGCGCUUAAUCAGAUAGCAAUCCCUCACAAGAAUGAUGAUUAA